AUGGAAAUCGCGAUUGUUGCCGUUCACAACUUGCACCAGCUGUCGGGUCUCGGUGGCAUCUGUGCGGUGCCGCACAAGUUGACGGGUGGGGAGGAGAUGAAGGGGAGUAUCCUGCCGUCAUAUAUACGCCACGGGUCAGUGGAUGGCCACAAGCGUUGCCGUCUAAUUGCACGCUUUUUCUGUGAAGAAGAUGGAUCCUUGCCCUUCUCGUACAAUGGAGAGGCAGUGCCUGAUGCGCCCCCUUUUCCUGCACUGCUGUUCGUGCCCCUGGGGCGCGACCCUGCGGAGUGCAGCGGCGUGAUUACGUUCAAGGUCGCCGCACAAGGCCCAUUGAUGUCACGCAAGCAUUGUGUGCUGCAGUUCUCUCGCGGCCAAUCGACGCAGUCUCCACGUGGCACCCAUGAAUGGUGCGUUGUUAGCGUUCGUGAUAGUGGGAGCGUGAACGGCACAUUUGUGGACGGCCGGCGUUUGGCGUCAGGUGCCACAUCCCCACCCGUUGCAUUUGAUCCAUGCGAUACCAAGGCGUGGAACGAACCGCUGCUAACGCUGGAGCUUGGUGCCGGAUCAAAGGUUAAUGUAGGUGAUUCGCUUUCAGCGAGACAACUGCAGCUUCGUUUCCAUGUUUUUGCGCGGUGUUUGGUGUCGCGGCGCCGUGCUGUGUGGAUCCAACGCCGCCUGGCUGGUUGCUGUGCCGACCGAGGCGAAUCUGGCACUACUGCUCCGCUGCAUGCGGCAGUAGAGAAGGAGCCUGUGCAGGCCAAGACAGGGCUGCAACCCAGUGACAUGGAAAUUGUAGCCGACGCAGUGCAGCAGAAAGAGAAGGGAAACAUACAGGCAGACCACUUUCCUUCUGCAGUGGUGUGUGAGCCUGCAGCAGAAAGUGAGAGCACAAGUGGUGCAUCACGACGGGUGGGAGACACGCAUGACUCCACCAACAAGGCUCUCCAAUCCAUCCUGCUGAUGCAGUGCACAAGUAAGGGUGAUGGCUCCUUUAUUCCUUCUUCUCUUGCUUACCACCCCGAAUACGGGUUGAAUGACGAAGGCGCUGCAGGUCCAGUGUUGGGUCCUUCCCUCGCUGACCUCGUAGCGACUGCCACAAAUGACAACGUGACAGCUACCUCAUUGAGUGCAUUGGAUGCCCACACAAAGCCAGAAGAGGGAAGUGAUGACCUCUCAAUGCGGGCCAUCACGACAGUUGUUGGCCUGGGGAUCAUCCCGCGUGACGAUACAAGGUCUUACGAUAAAGUGAUGUCGUGCGUUGUUGUUGAGGGUGGAAAGGAAAGCCACGUGUAUACAACGCCACCGACGACCACCAAAUGUGGGGAGCCAGAGGAAACGGCUUGCGUGGUGCAGCAACCCGACGGCCAGGCAGAGGAGCAUCUGCUGGCUCUGUCCCCUGUCAUCAUCAAGAGAAAAAAGCCACUGGGGUUGUUUGACAGACGCAACUUGGCGAAGAAACAACCCACGGCAGAUGCUCAUGGUUCCACAGCUUCAUUGCAACGUCAAAGGCAUGACACAGAGGCAAAGAUACCUCUUUACAAUACAUGCAUUCCGACAACGAACGGGAAUUUAGAGGGAAAAGCGGCACCACCUACUGAAACGGGAAAAGAUGUACAAGAGGUUGACAAACAUCAACCAUCCAAUGCGGGGAAGACAAACGGAGCGCCAGUUUCUACCCAUACGCACAGCAGGACUUCGUCAUUGCUCUCGUCUGAGGAGGAUCGAAUUGUUCCUCUUCCCCGCUACGGCUCCAUGAAAAAGGAGGAGCUGACGGAGGACGAUGAGGACAUUAAUGUGAGCACCACCCCACCGCCUCAUGACGUGCCUGUAGCGGCAACAACAACGGUAACAACGACGGCACCAGGAAAAACACGAAUGCUUGAAGUUCUGACGAAAAUGCCUACCAGAUCUUCGUUAAGUCGAGGGAAAAAACGGAUGCGCUCUGUCGACGCUAAGGAGACUCUGAAGUCUUUCUUAACGGACCUGCGGGACGGACUGGGGCUUGGGGCUACAUCCAUUCACGCGACCAGUAUGGUGCCCACCAUCAGAGCCUGUACGAAAGUGGAGAAUGUUGCUGGUGACCAGACUAUACAGGAAGCGAUAAACGCUAAGAGGAAGGAUGGGAAGGUUAAGAACGAGGUCCCUACCAGAUCAUAUAGUGCGCAAAGCAAUGACAACAACAAUGCGAUGGGCGCUCAGUCUGGCGGCGACAGUGUCCCCUCCCGGCUUGGCUCACAAAGCCAAUUUGUGUUGAUAAAGUCGAAUCUUGCAUCCAACCUUCCAGAAAUUGAGGCGGCGUUGGAUGGUGGCCAACAGCUCAGGAAAGAUCUGUUCUGCUCACAGUUUGAGUUAGCCAAAAUCAACAACACUGCUUUCCAUCAGGGUAACUGCCGAGAUUCCCUCGCAGCACUGUUUUCGACUGACAUUGAUGUUACUCGGGAGUCGAGCCACGACGCUGCAAGAGGUGCGGCGACAGUAAAGGCAACGACGGCGAGUCCCUUGCCCAUCCUUAUGCGGCGGCGCACUCAAUGCAAUGCCGUUGGCUGUGAGAAAAAUGCGAAGGGAAGGCCCCUAUCGCUGGCGGAAAGGAAACGCCAGCGACUGGCUUUGGUGAUGUCCGCUAUUGAGCGAUGUUCAGAAGCAGCAGAGUGCGACGGUCUUAAAACGGAAAAGGACACCAAUAAUGCGCUUCCGCAUCCCCAAUUGCCUAAUGACAAUGCCACAACAUCUUCCUUUGAUUCAUCCUUCUCUGCACCGGCGUCCCGUCUCAUCAAUCCGCACCACAUCAGGCUUCCGGCGUGGUAUGUUCGGCAGAGCCUAUGCCGACUACUUCGACCACACCAAUGGGAAGGGCUGCGCUUCGUGUGGUCGCACCUGCUGCGCGAUACGCCUGCGGAUGAGUCGCACGGUGACCCGAUGGAGGAAGUAGUGGAACAGCUGCGCGCACGCCGCGGCAAAAGUUCUCUGAGUGCCACAAAGCGAGCCACUGAAUCUCCUUCCAAUAUGAGCGGAAGAUACGCUACCGAAUUCCGUGGAUGUGUUCUUGCCCAUGCUAUGGGACUCGGCAAAACCUUCACAACGAUUGCUUUUCUGCUGGUUCUCUGGUCGUUCCUUCGUGUGCAUCCCAAUCAUGCUGCGUUGCCGUGUUGCAUGCGCGAGAGCGGCGCGCUUCGCCCCGUCAUCUGCGCCCCUAGAGGUAUCCUGCUGCAUUGGGUGCGUGAACUUGCCGACUGGCCGCGCUUGGCGGGGGAGGCGGCACCUCUUACAGUGUUUGUUCUCAGUGGCGACAGCCGUGAGUCGGACCGAGCGGCACUGCUGCGCGACUGGGCGUCACACACGGCGGACCGCACAGUGCUUCUAAUCUCCCACGCACUGUUCGCCGCCAUCAUGAACAGCUCUGGCACGGCGACUGACUCUGCGGCAGCCGCGGGGAAGAAGAACGAUGCCAGCGACAAAAAUACAGGAAUGAUGGAAGAUGCAUUUUGGUUGGAUGGCGAAAAUGAAGACGAGGAUUACGAAGCGAAGGGUGCGAGAAGGAAGGGGGGCUGUACAGCAGCAGCUGCUGCUACUGCUGCUGCGGCGGCCUACGGUGCAUGUCGCGUGAUCCUCCUCGCACACUGCACGCUCUUCGUCCUCGAUGAGGCGCACAAAAUCAGCACAGCUCGUUCAUCGCUAGCGGCGGCUGUGCGUGCACUGCCGCCCUCCACACCGCGUCUCGCGCUCACCGGGAUGGCGCUCGCUGGGAACCCGCCACCAGGGAAGACUGAUGAAGUGCAUGCACUUCUCCGCGUUGUUGUGCCUUCGCCGUGUGCAGACCGGCGCCAGGGUCGCCGCGUAUCAACGGAUCCGCGUGAUCUGAAGUCUCUGCUACAUGUGCGUGACACCAGUGUGCUGGCGCGGGAGUUGCCAGUGCUUCACGAAACAUCAAUUGUAUUCAACUUUUCCCCGGUGCAACGACAGAUGAUGCAGGAUCUUGCUUUGAUUCUGCAGGAACGUGGAAUAAUUCGGAGGCAUCACCGUGCACGUUUCGCGUCUCGGCUAUGGAUGAUCAGCAGCCAUUGCGAUGUUGUAGCGGAUUGGUGCCGGCGCCGUGGCAUCGAUGAGAAUACACCGGCUGGAGUCAUUCAGGAGCGCAACACGCGCUGCCAGUCUUCGAUAUCAGUUUCAUGGGCGUUGCCUAGUCUUAUCAUCCCUUCCAUUCUUGACCGAAGGGGGCAGGCAGGACUCUCGCUUCAACACAGCUGGAAGAUGAAGGGUCUGUUCUUUCUGCUCCACGGGGCGUUGGCGCGGCAGGAGAAGGUUGUUGUCUUCUCAUAUUCACUGAAAAACCUCGCUUUAGUGGGAGAGGUGCUCCAGCAGGUAGGUGGUCUUGUGGACGGUGUGGACUUUGCCCUCAUCUCAGGCGCGCUGCAGGAGCCGCAGCGAGAGCGGGUAUGCGCCGCGUUCCACGACUCUGGUUGUGCGAUGUGCAUCAUCCUCGCGACGCUGCAGUCAUGCGCAGUCGGGGUGGACUUCUCCGGUGCCGAUCGUAUUAUUUUUUUCGACACUGCUCAUCUACCGUCGGAGAUGGAAGAACGUCAAGCAAUAUGCCGUGCGCGCCGCUGGGGCCGCGACUACGGCAACGGUAGCGCGGACAGUGUGGAGCAGGGAAGGGUGCUGUACGUGAACCGGCUGCUGUCAGACCAUCCGCUUGAGACUACCGGCCGACAAGGUGUGAGGCCGCACAACACUGACAGCAAGACAGUGGACUGGCGGGUGAGCCGCUUGCUCGACACCCAUGUUGAGGCGCAUAAACGGAGCGAUGAGGAUACCCAUGAUCCUGUCGUGGCGUUGUUGCGCAACACCUGUCCGAACAUCCUCGCCGCGGUAAUUCGAGAUGGCCGACAGCCGUUGAUAUCGUGA